CGGGCUUGUCAGAUGAGUUGUCAUAAAUUCACAUAAGCACGGACAACGGAGUAGUCGAAAUUGAGCUCCAGUUUUCAGUUUUCAGUUUUCAGUUUUUGUUUUUUUUUUUUUCUGCGGACGGAUUUAGCCCAAUGGACAGUUGCGCCAAUGACAUCUUAGCCCCCAUUAUCCUGGCGGUGAUGGUGGCCAAUGGUCAUCCUUUAACUCUGGACGAUAUCGCCGAUGGGGUGUCGGAGGUGAUAUACUCUCAACGCUUCAGUGAGGAUAUGGUGGAGUCGAUUGGCGAUGGCAAACAUGAUCGAAAGAGGUUACCACAGAAGAGGAGUUAACAUCGAGGAUCAAGACUGGAGAUCUGUAUGAUGUCUAGCAACGUUGUUGCCAAAAUUUUAAAUGCUAAAUUGUACCAUUUAAAAAAAAAAAGGAAAAAGAAUAUAAUGGCAAAAACAUUAAAGA